AUGUCGUCCGAGGCACCGCCGCCGUUUGCCCAGCGAAUGCUUGGCUUGCUGGAACCAGCGCAGCUCAUGGCUUGGGCAAUGUCCCACUACUUCCGAGUCUGCUCUGAAGCCGUCAAAAGCGGCCAGAUCCUCGCACCAAUCACCCAAACCCGCAGACUGCGCGACGAAGCAUUCGGGAAAUUCUGGUUUGAGUUCAGUUGUAAGUUCUCAGAAAAUGAAAACCCAAAUCCCAGCAUGGCAUCACGGCAAAAAGAGACGGAAGAAAUCAACCCAGUACAUCUCUUCUCCUCUCACCACCCACUGCCACAAUUACAUCUAUAUCAAUACCAAGUCCAAAAACCCCUAACAAAAUCAGCCCAACCCAACCGCCAAACAACCACAGACCCAAUAACAAACGAACAACCCCAGCCAGUGGGCAGCAGCGCCCUAAUCCCACCCCUACUCAGAACAGCCACUGGCACCGUCCUGGACGUAGGCCCAGGAACAGGAACUCAAAUGCCCCUCCUAACAUCCCCAUCCAUAACAGCCUUGUACGGCGCAGAACCCUGCACAGGUCUUCAUAAAGAACUGCGCGCCCGCGCAGUCGCCGAAGGCAUUUCUGACAAAUACCACAUCCUGCCCUGCGGCGCCGCAGCCGGUGAACUACUCCCCGCGCUAAAAGCUACAGGAACGGGUGUGGUUGAUGGGCUUGAAGGCGAUGUGCGGGUUGGUAUCUUCGAUACGAUAUUGUGUGUUCGGGUCCUUUGUUCCGUGCCGAAGAUGGAACGCACGAUUGGGGAGUUGUAUGAGCUUUUGAAGCCGGGUGGAAAGUUGCUUGUCACGGAGCACGUUGUUAAUCCGUGGUGGAGGGCUAAGGGGUCUGUUUUGGCGAGGGUUGCGCAGGCUGUCUAUCAGUUCUUUGGGUGGAGUUGGUUUAUUGGGGAUUGUUGCAUGACGAGGGAUGUUGAGGGGGCGCUUAGGAAGGCUGCUGAUGGUGAUGGGGGUUGGGGGAGUUUUGAGUUGGAGAGGUCUUUUGAGUGGUCUGCUAUGCCUUAUAUUUCUGGAACUUUGGUUAAGAAGGGGAUUUAG